AUGACACCACUUGCAUCAUCGUCGUUAGUGGCCUUGACGUUGGCCCUCUUGCUGAACACUCUCUUGUUGGUAUCAUCAUCCGAAGGAGUUUGCAACUUUGAAGCCAACACUCCCAUUCCAUUUGAUGAAAUCAAAAACUGUGCACUCAACACCACUCUGGAUCCCACCAUCUUUUCUCAAACUCUCUCCAGUAUCCGAAAAACCAUUCCCAUGUACGUCUUUUUAGAAUAUGUCAAGGAUGCUUCGGAUCCUCAUUUCAACAUUCAAGUCGAUUUGUUGGCCGAAUUGGAAAAGAUUUCUCAACAGCACUAUGAGAGAGAUUUUGAUUUUCAUCAAGAUCUCGUCGCCUUGUUUAGAAAAUUGAACGAUGGACAUACUUUAUAUUUUGGACCACAAUGUUAUGGAAAUUUAGUUUACAGACAACCAUUUUCAAUUAUUUCGUAUGUGGAUUCAUCAUUGGGAAGCGCCGUUCAAAAAAUUGGAAUUGCUUCUCUCAAUAAUGCUUCGGGAAUUGUGAAUUAUUAUCAACAACUUGGUUUUGAUUUGAAUUCACAUGUUGGAAGUGAAAUUAAGGAAAUUGAUGGUCAACCUGCAUUAGACUUUAUUUCAAAGUGGGCCAAUGAAUAUUCUGGCGGUUACAAGGAUCCUGGAGCUCGAUUCAAUGUUGCAAUUAGUAACUUGUUUAUGACUCGUUCAUUGAAUCGUUUGCCCAUUCCAUCCAAGUCAACUGUCACCUAUGUGUUGUCACGAGAUGGAGCAGCGGAUGUUACUUUGGAACUUCCUUGGGUUGGUUCAUCAUUGAUGAGUUACAAUAAUUCUACAGAUUUUUAUCAAUCGUGUUUGUCCUCUCCCUCUUCUUCGGAACACGCCUCAAAAAGAACACUCACUCAACAACAACGUACUCAAUUGAAACGUCAAAAAUUAUUACAUCCAUUACAAGAGGAGAGAACAAGUCCACUUCUUUCAUUGUCGACUCAAGUCGAGCAUAAGGUUGUGAAUCUUCUCAAAGGUGAUCAAGUGAGCUAUUUUGAAAUUGAUGGACAAGUGGGUGUCAUUACUAUUGAUUCCUUUGUUCCACAGUCUGAAGUUGCUUUCGCUAAAGAUUUUCAAAUGAGCAUGUAUAUGGCAAAGCUCAACAAAAUUCCAAAACUCAUCAUUGACGUGACGAAUAAUGGCGGAGGUGAAGAAUGUUUAGGUUAUGCCUUAAUCAAGUACUUGUAUUCAUCGGCAUUUUCACAAAAUUUUGUGACACUUUUUGCUCGAACCGAUAUGAUUGCUACAGAUUUGGGUAAAGAAUUAGCUCUCAAGGGAGCAAGUCAAUUGGGACCAAAUGACGACUCGAUUUGGAAUCCAGCUACAUGGAGAGAUAUAGAUGGUAUGAGUUUUACAGAUGCUUCAUGGUAUACGGAGCAACAAAAUUAUACACGUGGUACCAAUGUUCCAUCACAUGCCUAUACUUCAAUUUUGAAAGAAAAUUAUUGUCAAUCAUCAUUUGAUAAUUAUUAUUUCACUGGAGAGGAUUUAUUGAACUAUUCACCAGAUAAUAUCAUCUUGCUGUCGAAUGGAAGAUGUGCAAGUACUUGUGCACUUUUCACACGACACUUGCAAGAAUCCAAGAAGGCCAAGACAGUUGUUGUGGGAGGAUUACGUGGUCAAUCUCAACAAAUAGCUCAAGUACCUGGAGGACAAGUCUAUGAAUUUGAAGAUUUAUUGGCUGAUAUUCAAUCUUUAAAGAUUAAUAGUGAUUUGGCUCCAACUCCACUUCCUGUGAAAUCUCGAUUCAGAUUUGCCAUUCGUGAAGCAUAUGCUUGGUCUGAACCAGAUUUGAAACCUCUCGAAUUCUUCUUCGAAGGUUCUGAUUUCCGAUUGGACUAUUCCAAAGAGAGUGCUGUGGAUCGAUCCAAAGUUUGGAUUGAUACCCUCCAAUUUUUCGAUGUUUGUGCUCCAUGGCAAACCAAAUCGUGUGAAAUUCCAAAUGGAAGUGGUCAACAAUCGUGUGUUGGAGGAAAAUACUCGGCUCAAUGUCAACUCGUUGAAUGUGCUCCAGGCUAUGGAGUGGACUCAUCCGAAUGUAAGCCAUGUCCAGUUGGACACUAUAAGGGCAUUGGUGGAACGACAUGUCUCGCCUGUACCAACAAGCCAUCCUCCGAUAAUGCCCAAUACACCAACGCAUCGACGAGCAAUAACUGUCCAUUCGAAUGUGUGGAAGGAUUUGUUUUAGAUUCUGUGAAGAAUGUUUGUGUGGAAUCUCAAAAUUUGACCAUUGGAAAGGUAUUGUUUGGAUUUAUUGUCACGUUAUGUGUCUUGUUCCUUCUCUUUGCAUGUGUAUUGUUGGCCUCAACGAUAUUCUUGUUCGUGAAAAAUUAUAGAAAUCGAAUGGCCAAUAAUGAAGCAUUAAGGUUGAUUUAA